GUGGUUGCAUUUUUAUUUAGUUCUCUGCUGCCUCUUCAUCAUGACUCUUAGAAGCAUCAUGGUUUUCAUCAUCCCAUUUUUCAUCAUAGUUGGGGUACUGAGCCCAGCUGACUCUGCUGGUAUUCGCUUCAGUAAACACUGCUGUAAAAGAUAUGAUGAUAUAGUGGUCAAUAUCCGUCACAUACGAGGCUACAAGGGGCAAAGUAAACAGGGAGACUGCAUCAAUGCCAUCAUUUUCCACACCACCAGUAACCACGAAGUCUGUGCAAAUCCAGAGGAUGAGUGGGUGAAGGACAAUCUUAAAAGUCUGGGCUCAAAACAGAAAGCCAAGCGGAACAGCAGGUAAAAAACUGAGAAAACCUAAAAAAAUUUCCACACAUGGAGGAAGAAGAUCUUUCAAAAUGACAAAGUAAAAAUUUGCUGCAAUGGAAUUAAGAUGUUUUAAUCUUCUGUAAUCAAAUCUUUGAGAAUAAUCUCUGAUUUAAAGGCAUUGGGGAAAGUUUGCUAUAUUGAACUAAAACAUCAAAAAUAAUUAUUUCAGCUACUCAUUUCACCCAGUGAAAUGAAUUAUACAAAUUAAUUAAACACAGACCAAUGUUUAAACUCACUGACUACUUUUCAUUAUUAUCUAUUUCUGUUCAAGAUAUGUUUAAAAAUAAAAUAAGAUUAUUGCUUAAAAACAUGUUGGUCUUCUCAAAACUGAGUUAAAAAUGUUUGACAAAAAGGUUCUUAUGGCAAAAGAUUAUUUUCAAAGUGUAUUGUUCAUUUUGAGGAUGAGCCUAAUCCUACUGUAACUGUUUUAUUUUACUUUAUUAAAUAUGGCUGUACUUGCUUUGUACUUUUAUAAGCUUUGUUAUGUUGACCUAUUGUCCCAUUUUAGUUUUUAAUACCUUGGGACAUAUAACCUCGUGCAUGUCUUUUAAACAUUUUUUAAUGUAUUUUUA